GCCUCCGUCCACCUGAAACUGCAGGUACAUUCAAGGAUACCUCAACCCAGCUCCCUCUACACCGCUCCUCAGGAAUCUACGGCAACGUCAGAGCCAAGAUGGGGCGAAAAGAAAUAAUCUGCAGCUGGAAGAAAAACACCACCAACAUCAAGGACGUGUUUGCCUUCAAGGGGAAAAUGGGAUCGGGGUCGUUUUCAGAGGUUUUUAUGGUGCGAGAGAAGGCAACGGGGAAGCUGUACGCCCUAAAAUGUCUGAAGAAAAAACACCUGGCUCAUAGCAACCUGGAGAAUGAAAUCAAUGUUUUAAGGAGGAUAAAGCACGAGAAUGUGGUUGGACUGGAAGAUUUCUAUGAGAGUCGUACACACUACUACCUGGUCAUGCAACUGGUGUCAGGCGGAGAGCUCUUCGACCGCAUCGUAGAAAAGGGCGUCUACACCGAGAAGGACGCCAGCAAAGUGGUCAAACAGGUGCUGCAGGCGGUCAGCUACCUGCACGAGAACAGCAUCGUGCACAGGGACCUCAAGCCUGAGAACCUCCUCUACUAUAAUAUGGAUGAGAACGCUAAGAUCAUGGUCAGUGACUUCGGUCUGUCAAAGACGUUAGAACACGGUGUGAUGUCUACAGCCUGCGGCACACCCGGAUAUGUUGCGCCUGAGGUUUUGGCUCAGAAGCCCUACAGCAAAGCAGUGGACUGCUGGUCCAUAGGAGUUAUUACCUACAUCCUGCUUUGCGGUUACCCUCCAUUCUUUGAGGAGAAUGAGACUCGCCUGUAUUCAAAGAUAAUGAGGGCUGAGUAUGCCUUUCAUUCACCCUUCUGGGAUGACAUCUCCGAAUCAGCCAAAGACUUCAUCAGGAACAUGAUGGAGAAAAACCCCACAAAACGCUUCACCACUGAACAGGCACUCCGACACCCCUGGAUUGCUGAGGACACAGCUAAAGACCUGGACAUUUAUCACUCUGUCUGUGAACAGAUGGAGAGAAACUUUGCCAAGUCCAAAUGGAAGCAAGCCUUCAAUGCAACCACAGUGAUCCAUCACAUGAAGAAGCUGCAGUUGUCCCACGCGGCUGAUCCCUCCUCCCUGUCCAUGCCCAACAUGGCAGCUCAGCCCUGUUUUCAUAACGACGAGCUGCUGGGACCCGACCACGGAGAGGACGGCGCCCUCGACCCCAACGGGAACCUUGUCCACGCUGCCAGCCAGUUACCCUGCAGUAACCCCGAGACGGGCAGAUGUCCAACACUGAGAGCCAUUCACAGCGAACCCGGUGACCACCUCGCCACUGAUGAGUCAAGACAAGUGCGUAGCUUUCAUUCAGAGAGCGACACUUCGUUCAGGCCGUCCAAGAGUCUGGACGCUGUGGGUCAGAAGAAGGAGCCGUCUGCUCAGUCUGGAGUCUGCUCCGUCAUGUGAUGGGUUAACUAACCCGUGGUGAAUUUUAUGCAGGUCGUUUCUCGAGACGAUGGCACCCAGUGGCGUCACACUCGGCACGAAGACGUUCUCACGUCUGCUGCUGAGAUUUUUCAUGCACCUUGCGUUUCUCCGGGCGAGGAAAACGGUUCCUGUUGGUUGCAUACGGUGUGACUGUAAAGACUAUGAAUUAAGCAGGGAUACCUAAACUCCGCGACCCCUAGAGGGUCCGCAGAGGUACUGCAGCGGGGUCGCAAAGUCUUUGGUUGAUUGGACAUUUUAUAUAUAUAUAUAUUUAAUUUUCCCCCACAAAUUUAAAUUUCUUUAAAUGCACAUUAACAUGAAUCCAAUAUAUUUUAGUAAAGGGAUAAAUGGAGGAUGAAAACGUUAUCAUUCAGUCACUUUAGUCAUUCAGCGAUACAGGAACUGUCUCAACAGCACCGUUUUUAAGCUUCCUGUACACAGUAGGCUCCGCCCCUAUUGCUGCUGAACCAAUCACAAGGCUCCAUAUUACCCCGCAAUUGGCCAAGACUAUUCAGUCCCCAUGCACGCUGUAAUAUUAGCAGAAGAGAAGCUAACAGUGCAGCUAGCUCCAUUCAUCCGAAGCUUAGAUGAGCUGUGUGCUUCAGACAUCUCACUCAUGUGGGAGUAUGUGUGCCAUAACAUGGCUUUGGUGAUUCACUGUCUCUACUACAUUUAGCUAUGUUUAAAGGUGAAAACUUGAAUUAUUAUUUUUCUUCUUCUGUCUGUCAAUUAUAUAUACACACAUAUACCAGUCAGGUAUGUUUAUGUUUACGGCAGGUGCA